AUGAACAAGGCGAAGCGCAAGCUCCGAGAGCCGCGCGUCGAGGCCAAGACUGGCCCGCUUUCAAUGCAUUUAUCGAUUCCGCUCCGGCCCCAAGAGCGCCCAACGGCCUUUCCGGAUGGGUUUUACGCGGUUGUCGUCAAGGAAUAUGCAACCAAGUACCUCGAGCAGCUCGGCGCCAACCCGACCGCGGACAACAUGGCGCUCGUGCUUGCCAACGUGCCGAUCGACAAGUGCCGGGUGGCGCCCGGGUGGCGCUCGCGCGGCUGCAUCGACGACGUGCUUGUCAUCGACACGAGCCCGGUCGCGCCCCGCGCCGCGUCGCCCGAGCUCCAGCCGCUGUCCAAGCCAGAGACACCUACGUCCGACGAGCGUGCCGUGUUUGGCACCGACUUGGCCAAAAACUACCGCGUCGGCCACGUCGUGCUCUCGUUCCAUGAGAUGAAGCACCGGUACCUCUUCCCUUUCAACCAGCUGUUCAAGGUGCCAAUCGAGUACGACCGAGACGGGUUUCCGUGCACGAAGCGCGUGACGUUUUCGGUCGCGCCCGAGCGCCGCGUCUACAAGCCGUCGCCGGCCGCGCUGGCCGAGAUUGACACGCCGCUCCACUCGCUCACGUUUGAGACCAUUUUAGGCAUGCAGGAAACCUUUCAUCGCGUCGUUCCAUUCGAUAUGCUCGACAUCCACGACCGCAACGAACACGAGAUCGUCCGCAGCUUUCUCGUGUCGUCGACGACGCUCGAGCUCAUUGGAUACCUUGCCCACUACGUCUACUGGACUGCGUUUCGCCCGCUUGGCGACCUCUGCCGCUCGAUUCUGUGCGGUGUGACAACCAACGAAGACGACGAGUACCAGCGGCUGCCGUCGACACCGUUCUUGUCGCACAAUGAAGUCGAAGGUCUCCUUGUGUCCGUACUCGACGCCUUUGAGACCCUCAAGCGCAGCGUCCACGACCGCGUCCGGCCGAAAACAACCACGCGGAGUACAACGCCCGUGCUGCCGCUCCUCCUCCUCUCGCUCCGCGUCUCGCUCGCCACCAUUUUCCGCCUGUCGUAUCCGCGCUGGUUUGACGAGACGGCGCUGCGCGUCGAGCCGACGCUCAUGAUGCUCGACGACGUUGUCGACAAGGUCUUGGACCCGAACCACUUUUACGCCCACAUUGGCGCCCUCGAAGCGACCUCGGACGCCAUCAACUUUACCAAAACCCAUGCCUACAAGCUCCAGAAGCGCAAGACGCACCUUCGCAAUUCAUUUUUUGCCACGAGCCAUGGGCUGCAAGCGCUGCUGCCGACGCCGUCCUCGGGCGGGCCACGACGCAUCCUCUCCCAAGGCGGCGGCACCAGCGUUGCGCACUACACGACAGUACCAAAUGCUAUCUCGGGUCCGCCCAUGUCGUUGGUGCACCGCAUGAAGCUCCUCCGCCUCCAAACCCAGCGCCCGUCGUAG